AUGAUUACAUUAUAUCUGGCUUUAAAGAUUACCAAAUUCUUAACAGAAUCCAGAUUUAAACAAGUGCUAGACAUGUCAGUGAAAAUGUCUGUUGUUCACCCCGAUACUUCUGAAUAUCCUUUUAAGUUUGAGCCAUUUUUAAGGCAGGAAUACUCCUUUUCGCUAGAUCCAGAUAGGCCCAUUUGUGAAUACUAUAACCCUAGAGAGGGUCCAUCAUCGUGUCCAAGAGGUGUUUCUUGCCCCAAAAAACAUGUACUUCCGAUUUUUCACAACAAGAUUGUUUGCAAACACUGGCUGAGGGGCCUUUGUAAGAAAAACGACCAAUGUGAGUACCUUCAUGAAUACAACUUGAGAAAAAUGCCAGAAUGUGUAUUCUAUUCGAAAAAUGGAUACUGCACACAGACACCUGAAUGCCAAUAUCUUCACAUUGAUCCACAAUCCAAGAUCGCUCUUUGCGAAGACUACGAGAUGGGGUUUUGUCCUCUGGGACCACUUUGUAAGAAAAGGCACAUCAAGAAAGUCUUGUGUCCCAGAUAUUCGACUGGCUUCUGUCCCUUGGGAAAACUCUGUGAUAUGGCACAUCCAAAAUUCAAAAUGCCAAGUUCUAUUAGUAGAUUAAGAAUUAAAAAGGAUGAGGAGAUAAAUACGAGAAAAUCGGACUUAGAAAAAGAAAGACGACUAAAUGCUAUAAUAAAUGGGGAAAUCGAUUUAUGA